GGAAUUUUAUCAAACACUUUUCUUCUUGUUCUCUCUUCUCUGGCCCAUCAGCAGCCACUUUUGACAAUUGCCUUCCCCCGACACGAUGAUCAGGACCUACGCUUUUGUCACCUUUUGUCCUCUUUCACCACAUGUUCAAACAAUUAUCAUCAAGAAGCAAACACUGCAGAAAGAGAGAGAGUUCCACAGUAUCAUGGAACUUGAAGCUCAAGGUAACAGUACUGCCAUGAAGAAAGUCCUUCUCGUACUGAAUUGCAUCCUAUUAUCUAUCGGAAACUGCGGCGGCCCACUAAUAAUGAGGCUUUACUUCAUCCACGGCGGCAAGCGAGUGUGGCUCUCCAGCUGGCUCGAAACCGGCGGCUGGCCAAUCAUUUUCCUGCCGCUCAUCGUCACAUACUUUCACCGCCGUAGAACCCAAGGCCAGAGAGCCAAACUCUUCUUCAUGAAGCCACCUUUGUUCAUUGCCUCCGCAGUGAUAGGAAUCCUCACCGGGUUCGAUGACUACCUCUAUGCCUACGGCGUGGCGCGACUUCCCGUUUCAACCAUUUCUUUGAUCGUUGCCUCUCACCUUGCCUUCACUGCAGGGUUUGCUUUCGUUUUGGUGAAGCAAAAGUUCACCCCGUAUAAGAUCAACGCGUUGGUUUUGCUGACAAUUGGAGCGGGUGUUCUGGCUUUACACACGAGUAACGACCGUCCGGACGGUGAAUCAAAUAAACAGUAUUUGGUUGGGUUUCUGACGACGCUAGGAGCAGCCGCGCUAUAUGGGUUUCUGUUGCCGUUGAUUGAGUUGGCGUACAAGAAGGCCAAGCAGGCCAUUACGUAUUCGCUGGUGAUGGAGGUUCAGAUAGUGAUGUCUUUGUUUGCGACUCUUUUCUGCACAGUAGGGAUGCUGAUUAACAAGGACUUCAAGGCAAUUCCAAGAGAGGCAAGUGAGUUCGGGCUCGGGGAAACAAAGUACUAUGUGGUCCUAGUAUGGAGUGCAAUUUUUUGGCAGGCUUUCUUCUUGGGAGCGAUAGGAAUCAUCUUCUGUGUCUCGUCUUUGCUAUCUGCUGUUGUAAUCGCGGUUCUACUCCCAGUGACAGAGGUUCUAGCUGUUAUUUUCUACCAAGAAAAGUUUCAGGCAGAAAAGGGAGUUGCUCUGGCACUUUCUCUUUGGGGCUUUACUUCAUACUUUUAUGGAGAGAUAAAACAUAGCAAGAAUAAGAAGCCUACCCCAGAGACAGAAAUGCAUCAAAUUCCUAAUCCAUGACACAACGGAAGUAGUAUUACUUGAUUUUUCCAAGUGGGGUAUAUUUGAAGUUUCAUUUUAGCUUUAUCUAUUUUGUAAACAAAACAGGGUGCAUGAUUGUAAUAUAGUCUCAUAAGAAACCUAAUUUAGUUGUUGUGCUCUAUCAUUGAAAAAGUAGAUUCGAAAUAUCACUACUAAAGUUCUUGCUAAUUUUCA